AUGAUCACAUUCUUUCUCACGGCUGUAGACCCAGGACUGUGCAGAUGGAGGAGACAGAGACCAGGAGGAGAGGAGGAGGAGACCAGGGGAAGACCAGGAGGAGAGCAGGAGGAGAGCAGGGGAAGACCAGGGGGAGACCAGGAGGAGAGCAGGAGGAGAACAGGGGGAGACCAGGAGGAGAGCAGGAGGAGACCAGGAGGAGAGGAGGAGGAGAGCAGGGGGAGACCAGGGGGAGAGCAGGGGGAGACCAGGAGGAGAGCAGGGGGAGACCAGGAGGAGAUCAGGAGGAGAACAGGAGGAGACCAGGAGGAGAGCAGGAGGAGACCAGGAGGAGACCAGGGGGAGACCAAGGGGAGACCAGGGGGAGACCAGGAGGAGAGCAGGAGGAGAGCAGGAGGAGACCAGGAGGAGACCAGGAGGAGACCAGGAGGAGAGCAGGGGAAGACCAGGAGGAGAUCAGGAGGAGAACAGGAGGAGACCAGGAGGAGAGCAGGAGGAGACCAGGAGGAGAGCAGGAGGAGGCCAGGGCGAGACCAGGAGGAGAGCAGGAGGAGAGCAGGAGGAGAGCAGGAGGAGGCCAGGGCGAGACCAGGAGGAGACCAGGAGGAGAGCAGGAGAAGACCAGGAGGAGAGCAGGAGCAGAGCAGGAGGAGAGCAGGAGCAGAGCAGGAGAAAACCAGGGGGAAACCAGGAGGAGACCAGGAGGAGAGCAGGAGGAGGCCAGGGCGAGACCAGGAGGAGAGCAGGAGGAGGCCAGGGCGAGACCAGGAGGAAACCAGGAGGAGACCAGGGGAGACCAUGAGGAGACCAGGAGGAGAGCAGGGGAAGACCAGGAGGAGAGCAGGAGCAGAGCAGGAGGAGAGCAGGAGCAGAGCAGGAGAAAACCAGGGGGAAACCAGGAGGAGACCAGGAGGAGAGCAGGAGGAGGCCAGGGCGAGACCAGGAGGAGAGCAGGAGGAGGCCAGGGCGAGACCAGGAGGAGAGCAGGAGGAGGCCAGGGCGAGACCAGGAGGAGAGCAGGAGCAGAGCAGGAGGAGAGCAGGAGCAGAGCAGGAGAAAACCAGGGGGAAACCAGGAGGAGAUCAGGAGGAGAGCAGGAGGAGGCCAGGGCGAGACCAGGAGGAGAGCAGGAGGAGGCCAGGGCGAGACCAGGAGGAGAGCAGGAGGAGGCCAGGGCGAGACCAGGAGGAAACCAGGAGGAGACCAGGGGAGACCAUGAGGAGACCAGGAGGAGAGCAGGGGAAGACCAGGAGGAGAGCAGGAGCAGAGCAGGAGAAAACCAGGGGGAGACCAGGAGGAGACCAGGAGGAGAGCAGGAGGAGAGCAGGAGGAGACCAGGAGGAGAGCAGGAGCAGAGCAGGAGAAAACCAGGGGGAGACCAGGAGGAGACCAGGAGGAGAGCAGGAGGAGGCCAGGGCGAGACCAGGAGGAGAGCAGGAGGAAACCAGGAGGAGACCAGGGGAGACCAUGAGGAAACCAGGAGGAGACCAGGAGGAGACCAGGAGGAGACCAGGGGGAGACCAGGAGGAAACCAGGAGGAGACCAGGGGAGACCAUGAGGAAACCAGGAGGAGACCAGGAUUAA